UCGUGUUAUGCCUCCGUAGGUAUGACGACAAUAUUGAUUCCCAGUCCGGAACGUAAGCCAGAGUGAAAGACACCGGCUGUGUCGCGGUAUCGUCGAGAUGACGCCUAAAAUGUGGCAGGACAGCGAAGUUAGAUUUGACGUUUCUCACUCCAACAUACAACUGCGAGCCGGUGAGCUUACCGUUGACAAACUCGACAUGAUAGAAGACACGAAAGGCAACUCCGGGGAUCUGGGAAGAUUAAUCAUCACGAACCUGAGGAUCAUAUGGCAUUCCUUGUCCUUGCCGCGAAUUAAUUUAAGCAUAGGUUACAACACGUUUGUCACAGUGAACUCCAGGAUCCUCCACACGAUUCACGGUGGAUACAUACAAGCUCUUCAUGUGUUGACUUCAUAUCGAAAUUGCCGUUAUGAAUUCAUAUUUACCAACCACGAUUCCAAAAGUACGCGGCACUACACCUCGGUCGUAGGCGUUUACAGAGCUUACGUAUCGUCCAAGAUCUACAGAGAGAUCAAGCUGAGAAGCGGCAUUAUACAAGAAAAUCGACUGGUCUUGCUGCCGCAGGAAAAAGUACACUCUUCUGUGCAGGAUGUUUGGAACUUGUCUAUCGAACAGGGAAACAUCGGGACUUUUAUUAUAACAAAUAUACGUUUGGUGUGGUAUGCGGAUGUGAACCAUCAGUUUAAUGUGUCGAUACCUUAUCUUACAAUUGGAAACAUCACUAUCAGGACAUCGAAGUUCGGGCCGACUUUAGUAAUCUUAAGUACAGAGGCCAGCGGAGGAUACGUCCUAGGUUUUCGCAUUAAUCCCUUGCAGCAGCUUCACAUCACUCACAAAGAGAUCUCGGUGCUCCGUUCGGAAUUCGACAAGUUUCCGAUUUUCGGUGUGGAGUACACGUUCGAACAUCAGGCGCCGUCGCAAGAGGAAGUUAGCGUGGAGAAUUUCACUGAGAUACAAGAUAAUCAAGCUGAGAUAUCGAAUGUCUUCGGUUAUUACUUCUCCGAAGGGGAGACGGGCCAGAGAAAGCCUAAUUUCUCGAUUCACCUAGGACUGGCGGCGGAAGAGCCGAGAGAAGGUAGCACGUUGCAGAGUCUAUGGGAACUAGUACCAUCGGGCGUCAAUUAAUUUCCUACGGCUUGAACAGCCUUCUUUCUCUGCCGAGUGUCUCACUCUCUUUCACUCUUUCACGCCAGAAAACUGCUCGGCUUAUUCACGAGGCGGCCUUUCGUCGCCGUUAUUAUUAAACGUUAGCUUCAAAAGGGGAUAAAAGCAAACCCAUUUUGUACAAAGAGAUAUCAUAACGUAAUAUAUUAUUAACUAUGUCGUACUACAUGGAUUCGAAAUAUAAUGUUUACCCACGUACUUUGCUUCGUGUUUCUUAACGAAACGCCCACAAAAUUAACCGACAAAUAAGAUCUUCUGUUUCUUUUUUCCCUUCAAUCUUAUAAAAACACCGUCGUGAUAGAUUACACAAGGAAAGUGCUGCGGGAUGCAUUUGUGGAAAAAAAAAA